AUGUGCUAUCCAGCUAGAACCCCGUUCCCCUCCUGGCGCACUCCGCGCUGCGCCACCCGCAUUCGCCAAUUGAAAGACCCGCCUCCACACGUACCUCAGCCCACCUCCGCCGCCCCAGACCCCGGGGCAAGAUCAACAAUAAAAUCGCAAUAUGGGCUCAUGUCUUACCCCUUUCCCGCUUUAACCUCAGCAAACCACCACCCAAAAGGGGCACCCUCACGCUCCCACUACAUCGAGCCCGCCCCUGGUCAGCCCCGACCCUCUCUACGAACCCGACGCCCCCGGGGGCUUCAGCCCGCCCCCGGCGGGGACCCCGCCCGCCCCAAGCCAGCCCCAGCACUCACCCCUCGCCGGUGGAAGACCCCAUGCAACCCCUCCGGGCGGGGACGGCCUCUAGACAAGCCCGGUAAGAGGGCACAAAAUCAGGCAAUAGGCAAACAUCCCCAACCGAGACUCCCAAACCACCCCCCCCUCAACCCCUAUACCGCCCCCCCCUACACGCCCCCUACCCAGCCCCACCCCUCUCCGCCACACCAGGGGCGGCCGCAGCCUAAACUAAGACUACUCCCGCGCCACCCGCCCACAAACCCGCUGACAAAAUUCGGCCGCUCCUGCUGCUCCUGUGCCAAGGGGGACCCGCAUCAAAACGGCCACAACGAAAAAGGAAAGCCCCAUCCGGGAACCCCAUCCCACCACGACCCCGAGGUGAGCCUCCCCCAGCAAUUCAAUUUACGCCCCGCCCAAGCCAACGCAAAAAUCUACCCGUAG